AUGGGAACAGCUCAACACCAUCUUAAUACAACAAAACCAACCCCCCCAAAAAUAUUACUAGAACUAAUCAACAAACUUAUUAGUUCCCCCUCUAUCUUUCCCUCUUUCUCUCUCCUCCCUUUUUUGUUGUACAGAUCAAAGGGGAUGGCAUUUCUAACAAAAUCACAACAUUUGUUUCUUACCAACAUUUCGUUCUUCAUCAUCUUUGUUUUUCUUAAUUCCUUCAUUAAUGUUUCAUUAUGUCAAUCUAAUCCUCCUCAGAACAUUGAAACUUUCUAUCCUUCUUCACCACCACCACGACCACCACCACCUCCUGCUGUUCCCCCUGGAGUAGUAGUAGUCCCUCCUAUUCCGUCAUCCCCAACACCGCCCACGCCACUGCUGUCGCCGCCACAGGAUACGACACAGCAGGAUCAGCAAUCAUCACGAGGGGGGACGUCUCAUAGGGCGAUAUAUACAGCUGUUGGUGUGACAGCUGCGAGUACUUUGGUGGUGGCUGCAGCAGUUUUCUUCUUCUGUACGAAAUAUACCCAGCGAAAGAAGAAGGAAAAUGGGGGACAGGUUUGUGUUAUGCCAGCAGCCAUUCCUGCUUCUGGUGGAGGUGGUGGUGGUGUUGGUGGUGGAGGAAGGUUGCAGGCGUUGCCGCAAUCAGAGUUUACGAGGUUUGAUGGGAAUAUUAAAGGGUUGAUAGUUGAUGAAGAUGGUUUGGACGUGUUGUAUUGGAGGAAGCUUGAAGGGAGCCAAAGGAAGAGUGGACCUUUUCAUAAGGAUGCCUUUAGCAAAGGGAGCAAUGGUAGGAGGACAUAUUCUCGAGGGAAAUCGUCGUCUUCGUAUAAUCAAAUACAUCCUAAGGAGGAGCAAACAGCUAGGCUUCUUGGUUCUAAACCACCACAAAAUGAAGCCACUUUUCAGGCUGUUGGUAGAGGAGAAGAGGCGGCGGUGGCUGAAAAAGUGGUUGUUGCUAAGGAAGGAAUCACUCCUACUCCGCCUUUACCGCCUUCUAUGGCUGCUAAGUCAGAACCAGCACCAGCACCAGCACCAGCACCAGCACCGCCACCAAUGGCAGUCAAGAAAGCACCAGCUCCACCACCACCAGCACCACCAAUGGCAGCCAAGAAAGGUCCAGCACCACCACCUCCACCGCUCAAGAUGGGCGGAUCAUUAAAACCACCAGCAGCACCGAGGCGUACACCAAGUGGAAAUAUUCAGGAAUCAUCUGCAAUUGGGGAAGAGGCAUCAGGGAGCAAGAAUGAUCAGGUGAAACUGAAGCCAUUACAUUGGGAAAAAGUCAACGUUAAUACUAAUCAUUCCAUGGUGUGGGACAAAAUUGAGCGCGGUUCAUUCCAAUACAAUGGUGACAUGAUGGAAGCUCUUUUCGGGUGUGUUGCAACGAACCGCAAAUCACCAAAGGGGGACACUUCUACAGCUCAAGGCAAUGUCAAUGCAAAUGCAGCAGCCAAGAUUUUCAUUUUAGAUGCACGACGUUCUCAGAACAUCGCCAUCGUGAUUCGCUCGUUGGGGAUAACUCGCAACGAGUUGAUCGAGGGUCUCCAAGAAGGAAAGGGAUUGAAUGUUGAAAUACUUGAGAAAUUGACUAGGAUGACUCCUUCACGAGAAGAGAAAAUCCAAAUCCUUGCAUUUGAGGGAGAUGCUGGAAGGCUUGCUGAUGCAGAAUCCUUCCUUUAUCACUUGCUCAAGGCUGUUCCCUCGGCUUUUACUCGGGUUAGCACCAUGCUCUUUAGAUUCAAUUAUGGGUCAGAAAUCCAUCAGUUGAAGGAAUCACUUCAAACACUUGACUCUGCUUGUUCUGAGCUUCGAAAUCGUGGAGUGUUCUUGAAGCUUCUAGAAGCAAUCCUAAAAGCAGGGAAUCGCCUUAAUGCUGGGACUGCAAGAGGGGAUGCAAAGGCUUUUAAUCUUACAGCUUUAAGGAAGCUAUCUGAUUACAAAAGCAGUGAUGGGAAGACAACUCUACUUCACUUUGUGGUUCAUGAGGUUGUUAGGAAUGAGGGGAGACGGUGUGUUAUGAACCGGAACAACAGUUUAGCUAGAACUAACAGUCACAGAAAUUCAACCUCAAACCCAAACCCAAACCCGGAUGAAUCCAAGUCAAAAGAGGAACAAGAAAAAGAGUUCUUACAGCUAGGGUUACCUGUUGUAGGGGGGUUAAGCUCUGAGUUCUCAAAUGUUAAGAAAGCAGCCACCCUUGACUAUGACACCAUAUUGAGUGUCGGCACAUCAGUGGGAGCUCGUAUAGCUGAAACCAGACAACUUGUCCUGCAGUGUGGUGCAGAUGAAGAAGGACGAGACUUUGUUAAGGAGAUGAAAGAGUUUUUGGCAGCAGCUGAAGGAGAGAUUAAGGUGGUACAAGAAGAGCAGACUAGGGUCAUGGAAUUUGUAACCAAAACAGCACAGUAUUAUCAAGCAGGUGGUUUCAAAGACAAACAGCCAUUACAGCUGUUUGUCAUUGUAAAGGAUUUCCUGAAUACAGUUGAUCAAGCUUGUAUAGAAAUUGCUCGGAGUUUGCAACAUAAGAAACCACCAACUACUGCUGGCUCCUCCUCCUCAUCGUUAUCAUCAUCAUCACCUCCUUCAUCACCCCCGAGCCCUGAUAUCUUAAGGACCCGUGUGACAUUCCCGCGGUUACCGAAACAUUUCUUGUCAGACAGAUCGAGUGGAAGUGAUUCUGAUGAUGAUAGCUGACAAAUACAAGAUCAAUCUCAAGUCUGACAAGGUUGCAGACUUCCACGUGAUGUAAAUAGAAGACGAGGAAAGUUACACAAGGUCCUUUUUUUCACUCAAUCUGAAAGGGAAAGAAACAAAAGAUUGAUGAUAUUGAGUGAUUCAGGAUUUUUUCAUUUGAUUUUUUGAACAGGAAAUGAGUGAUCAUUGUAUUGUAAUGUGAUUAUAUCCCCAACACAACCAUCCCCCUCCCCUCUUCCCAUGAUACAGAAUGAAGGAAUCAGUCUUAGAAUUCUCUAAUUGCACAAAAGAAAAAGAAAUAUUUGAUAUUCUGUAA